GUGCAUACAUAUUAUUCACUUGAUAUUAGUAUCCCCUUCAAUUGGAGUCUAAAGAUGAUAGUGAUACAAACGGAAUAUUUGAAAAUCGAUGAUGCUCUGGACAUCUGCUCUGCGAUGGAGGAUGAUCUUAACGAGUGUCUGGACAUGGUGAUGGCCAUGGACCAGAAGUACAAUGAACCCGGGCGCUACGUAAUAUCCUUAAAGCCCUUUACCAAGGACUAUCCGUUGGUUUGCCGCAAGUCUACGGGUAUGGAUACGACCUCCCAGCACAGUUUCGACUCGGAACUGGAGAUGCUGAGCCAACUCUACGGAGCCAGAAGUGCCCAUGAACUGGACGAGUCCUAUGUGGAUGUUCGCUAUAAGUUUAUCAAGCUAAAGCGCGAUUUCGAGGGCGCCUUGACCCAUUGCCAGAGGAUCAUCGACUGCGGAGAACGCCAGGAAAAAAUCUCUCAUCGAAUGCUACAGAAUUCACGUAGCCGCAAGUAUAGGUUGUGCAGACACUAGGAAUGCAAAUUCCUGCCAGCUAUUCCAUCAAACUUUUGGGGAGCGUGUGUAAAUUGCAAAUUGUGUCGACACUUGGCAGCUUUUAUUAAAAAUUACUGUCACCAUUA